GAUGUUCCUUCCAUCCAAUUAACCUCAUCUCACGGAUCUUGCUUCUCUCUCUAUCUCUCUAUCUAUCUUUCUCUUCUCUCUUCUAACUUUUUUCUAAUACUCUUCUUUAUCAUAUAAAAAGCCUAGAGAGAUUACUUUCAUUCAGCUUAUUAACCAAAAUGACUUCUUGGAAGAAAACCAUCACUACACCUUUCAAAAAAGCUUGUACUUUCUUCAAAGAUCAACCCACAAGAGAUCUUAAGAAAUCUCAAACAGAGCAAGAGAGAAGUGUGAUGGAUCUGCAAGGUGAAGUAAUGGCAUGUGGAUAUGAAGAUGUUCAAGUGAUGUGGUCAAUUCUGGAUAGGACUAAAUCCACAGCCACAGAACAGAAUACAACAUAGCAUCUGCCACUUGAAUUGACUGAAAUGCCCUUUUCUUCCAUUUCAUGAAUUAGCGAAUGUUUUUUAUAUGCUAAUUAAUGUUAAUGUCAUCAUAGUUGUUGCUAUGAAUGUAAUGGAAAUUAAGAUUUGUGCCCCUUUUUCUAUUAGGAAGAAUUAAGGUGGCGUUUUUAGUUUGUAAGUUUUUUUUUUUUUUUUAAUGUCAAGUUGUUAAUUAGUACUUGUUUGGAAUCCCUGUGAUUGGUGAAUGAAAAUCAUGGUGAGAUUUUUUUUAA